AUGGAGCUGCCCCGGAACAAGGUCAUCUGUCAUGUGGAUUUGGAUGCGUUCUAUGCGCAGGUGGAGGCCAAGCGCGACCCCAACAGGCUGGCAGGCAAGCCCCUGGCGGUGGUCCAGUACAACCCCCAGGGGGACCUGAGGACGCUGCUGCCAGAGGACGACCGUGUCAUACCUGCCUCCCCCAACUCCAUCAUCGCCGUAUCGUAUGAGGCCCGGGCGCAGGGCGUCCGGCGCAACAUGCGCGGCGACGAGGCCUGCGCGCUCUGCCCGGAUUUGAUCCUGGUCCAGGUGCCCACCGCCCACGGUAAGGCUGACCUGACGCUCUACCGCGCGGCCGGGCGGCGCCCGGGCGAGGCGCUGCUGGCCGCCGGCGCGGCGGUCGUGGCGGAGCUCCGCGCCGACGUGCGCACGCAGACGGGUUACACCUGCUCGGCGGGGCUGGCGCACACCAAGCUGCUGGCCAAGCUGGCCUCGGGCCUGCACAAACCCGACGCGUGCACGCUGGUGGCAGCGGCGGGGGUUCCCGAGCUGCUGGCGGACCUGCCCUUGGCGCGGCUGAGGAUGCUGGGUGGAAAGUACGGCGCGGGCCUGACGGACGCCCUGGGCGUGACCACGGCCGGCCAGCUGGCGGCGCUGCCGCGGAGCCGGCUGGAGGCGGUGGCGGGAGAAAAGGACGCGGCCUGGCUGGGGGGGCUGUGCCGUGGAGUGGACGGGGAGGAGGUGGUGGAACGCCGCCUGCCCAAGUCCCAGUCGUGCGGCAAGACAUUUCGGGGCCGACGCAGCGCACUUGCCGACCUGAACGCUGUCCGUCACUGGCUGGGGGUGCUGGGCAAGGAGCUGGAGGAGCGGCUGGCUGCUGACCGUGAGGAGAACGGACGCAUGCCGACGCUGCUGACGGUAUCGUGGAGCCGGGAUGCACCCCCCGCCCUGGCUCCCGACGGAUGGGCGCGGGUGCCCAGCGUGCCCAGCGUGUCGAGGUCCUGCGCCCUGCGCCGCCCCGAGGCCGCGGCGAUGGCCGACGACGCCGCGGCCCUGGUCCGGCGCUGGGCAUCCGUGCAGCCGCCAGGCUGGAACAUCGGGGCCAUGUCCCUAGAGGCCUCCAAGUUUGUGAUGGCCCAGGGAGAGUCCGCUGCCAUCACCAGGUUCUUCAAGGCAGGAGGGGCGCAGGCCGGGCCGAGCGCCGCCGAUGCCGUCUCGCCAGAUGGGGCAGGGGCGAAGCUGGAAGGUGACGCAGGGGCCGGCGAAGGUGUCCAUGUCGUGCAGAGUGAGGAGUCGAUGUGCCCUGCGUCUGGCAGCCAGCAGGUGGCGGAGGGGCGCCGCAGCCCCACGCACGAGCCAGGCGAUGGAGCUGAGGCGUCGGCGAGCCCGGCGACGCGUCCUGCGCCCGGCGUGAGGCCGGGCGCCCUCCUUUCCUCGGAGCAGGAGGCCUUCCUCGCCGAGCUCCCGCCCGAGCUGCGCUCCGAGGCCCGGGCCCAGCUGGGCGUGGCGGUGAUGAGGUCGCGCGUGGCGGCAGGCAAGCGCCAGACCCCGGACAGGGGGAGGGGUCGGGCAGGGGCGGCUGCCAGGCCCGCCAGGAGGAGGCUGCCCCCCGAGCAGCAGCCCGGGGGAUCCACCCUGGACAGGUUCCUGUCUGGAGCUUGA